AUGGAAAGCAUUGAUGGAACAGUCGCGGCAUAUCGUUUUCCUUUCCUGCUGGCUGGAGACAGCGUUGUUUUCAAGUCGUUCUCUGAUUAUUACGCUGUCUCUUACAUGGAUCUAAAGGAAGGACUACAUUAUUUCCACUUUAAUAAUUCCACUCUUAUUGAACAAAUCAAAUGGGCAAGGACAGAAGAUCAUAACAAGACAUUAAACGCAAUGAAUCAAUUUGUGCUGCAGCAUCUUCAACCUCUCGAUAUUUACUGCUAUUAUGCCGAUUUUGUGCAGACAUUAAACGCAAUGAAUCAAUUUGUGCUGCAGCAUCUUCAACCUCUCGAUAUUUACUGCUAUUAUGCCGAUUUUGUGCAGGUUCUUCCCUUAUAA